UUGUUUUGGUUAUACUACGUGAACAACGGAGGAAUGGAGACGAAGCCAGAGAGUCACAAGCUGAUCUUUGAGAAGGAGGGGGUUUAUCUCCACACCAAUGCCAAGAGAAGUAAUCAGGACACAACCAUCCCCGGCUUUAUUCGUAUAGUUAAGCGGGAUGGAGAGCCAGCACUAGAAUGGAGUCCUGUUGAGGAGGAUGUGAGAAAUGCUCCAUCUGUCUUUUACACCAAAAAGGAUGGCGAGGGCGGGGAAGAGGAGACUAAGUUUGACCCAGGCUAUGAGCCAGACUGGGCCGUCAUCAGCACAGUCAAGCAGGACAGACGGCAGGAGCGUCCACCAGUCAGAGAAACCGGUUCUAUACAUGGUCAGUGGAGCUCAUUCUCUCUGCCUCUGUCAGAGCUGUACUCAUUACGGAGGCCUCGCUUCUCUCUGGGUAAAAACUUCCUGGUGCUGACCACCAGAGGGGGCCAUCCUCUCCCUCCACUGCACUUCCAUCGAGGGGGCACCAGAGAGCUGCUGAAAGCCAUGCAGCGGUACAUCAGACUUGCCCCAUCUCCCGUGGAUGGUAGGCUCUUCCUGGCCUACCCACAUGAUUCUGGUGCCCUAUCUCAAUCAUUUGAUGAGCUUCACCUCUUCGAUGAUACCAGUGCACACCUUGUCUCUAGGUUCAUUCAGGAUCCUUAUGAAACCACGUUUGGGGGGUUUUCCAAAGUGACUAACUUCUUCCAAGGAGCCCUUAGACCUCCAGAGUCACCCCUCAGUAACCGCUCACCCCAGGACGCUCACUCGCCACACCUAGCUGACGAGGAGCCAGGCUUUGAGCUCAUUACCUGCGGAGUAGAACUCGGCCCCAGACCAGAGGUCAAAAGAGGAAAACCUUUGGAUAAUUGGGAUCAAUUCUUGGAUUCAGAAGGACGUGUCACAGACUCGCAGCUAGUCAGAGAGCUUGUGUUUAGAGGGGGCAUUGUUCCAGCUUUACGGAAAGAGGUGUGGAAGUUCCUGCUGGGGUUCUACCCAUGGAAGAGCACAACCGUGGAGAGAGAAGAAAUCCUUAGGGUCAAAACGGAUGAGUAUUUCAGGAUGAAAGUUCAGUGGAAAUCAGUAAGUGAAGAACAGGAGAUGAGGAACUCUCUCUUCAGAGGAUACCGAAGCCUCAUAGAACGAGAUGUUAAUCGAACAGACAGGCUUACUUCCUUCUUUUCUGGGAAUGAGAACCCAGGACUUGUGCUGCUUAAUGAUGUGCUGAUGACAUACUGCAUGUUUAACUUUGAUCUUGGAUAUGUUCAGGGAAUGAGUGAUCUUUUAUCUCCACUCCUAUUUGUCACCCAGAAUGAGGUGGAGUCCUUCUGGUGUUUGACGGGCUUUAUGGAUCUAGUGCACCAAAACUUUGAGGAGUCUCAAGAGGCCAUGAAACAGCAGCUCCUUCAGCUCAGCCUCCUAUUAAGAGCACUUGAUCCGGAGCUAUGUGACUACCUGGAUUCUCAGGAUAGUGGCUCACUUUGCUUCUGUUUCCGAUGGUUACUGAUUUGGUUUAAGCGAGAGUUCACUUUUGAAGACAUCUUGAGUCUAUGGGAGGUCUUGUGGACUCGUCUACCUUGUGAAACCUUUCACUUACUGAUGGCCUGCUCCAUUCUUGAGUCACAGAGAGAGGAGCUGAUUGGCUCAAAUCAUGACUUUAACUCUAUACUUAAGCACAUUAAUGAGCUCACCAUGAAGCUGGACCUGCAUUCAGUGCUCUGUGGAGCCGAGGCCAUUUAUUUACAGCUGGCGCAUUGCAAGGAGCUGCCUGUGAAAGUACAGGAAGUUCUUGGACUGUAUGUCCCCUCAAGCUCUUCAGAAGAGAGCCCAGUCUCGGAGACCAGAGAGACUGACGCCCUUCUCAACCAGUCAGAAGCCAGGGGAGCUACAGCCUGCCAGUCAUUCAAUGGGCAGACGCCACAGCGCCCACAUCCUACGCACCCCUAAUUCCAGUGAUUGGCAGAAGGGGAAGAGUGGAUUUAAAUGACAUCUAAUCAUGAAUAUUCCAAAAGAUUGAUGAUUAACGUGUUUGUUUAUAAAAUACUGGCGAAUAUAAUUCAGAAAUUAGAAUCUAUAGCUGCAGCAACCUAAAACUGAGAUUUGCUGACUGUUAUGUACUGUACUUUCCUAAGAAGGGCAGAAUAUUUUCAACAUGCUGUUCAAACUGAGAUGUGUGAAUGACUGAGGGCAUUGCAAACAGUCCGGAAGAGAGGGAAUUCUGACACCCUGUGAUGUUUACAGCUCAUAUUUUAUCUGUUGAUACCAUUUUGCUUUAACAGAAUUGUAUAUCUCAUUGCUUGUGUGGUUGUGUUCACACUUGUAACUACAUUACCCAAUACCAUGUUUUAGUCAUUAUUAUUAUGUAUUGUAUUAUAAUGUAUAGUCGUUCUGUUACGUCUUUCCUGUUUAUGUUGUCUGUUUCUCCCCUUUUUCCCUUGAAUCCCCGUUUUUGCAUCCAUUUAGAAGACUGUUGACAGCUAGAUGAUGCUGUGCAGAACCAUUUUGCAUGCAGUGUAGCAAGAACUACAAUUGAUAUUACUUAUUUUGUUCUUUAUUUUAACCACUGUGCUUGUUCCAUGUAUUUCAUAUGGCUAAAGCAUCUUAAAUAAAACCUGCAAACUUAGUAA